AUGGCAAUCAAGAACAAAGCCGUAGCGUUGACCACUGAUGGAUGGACUUCGCUCGCCAAUGAUGCAUUUGUCACGGAGUUUGGCGUGCAGUUGGAGUCGGUCGUGGCCGUGACAGUGGAUAAUGCAGCUAACUAUGUGAACGCAGUUGAGAAGCACAUGAAGACCAUGAACGUGCCGUGUUUCGCACAUACGAUUAACCUAGCUGUCCGAAAGGGGCUAGGGGUGAGGUCUAUAGAGAACAGUGUUGCCAGGUUGAAACGUACUGCUGCCUACUUCAACCAUUCAGCCACCGCCAGUUACCUCCUGGAAGAAAAGCAGAAGCAGAUGGAAAUGCCGAAAAGGGACAAACUGAUCAACGACUGCGCCACAAGAUGGAACAGCACGUAUGAAAUGAUCUCUCGGGCUCUGGAGCAACAAGCACCAGUGGCUGCUGUCAUCUUUGACAAAAAGCUGUCCAACCUUGAGCUGUCUACGAGUGAAUGGACUCAGCUGGAAAGGGUAAAGGACAUUCUCAGGCCCUUCAAAGUCUCUACAGUGGCUUUAUCCACCGACAAAUACCCGACAGCGUCAGCUGUUCUCCCUAUGAGGCACGUUCUUCUGUCUCAUCUGAGACAGGAGACAGACAGUGACACAGCGGCUGUCAAAGAAAUGAAGGCAAAGAUAACAGCUGAUCUAAAUAAGCGCUACCCAGAAGACGGUGACGUCUUCAUGUUUCUGAACACAGCCAGUUAUCUCGACCCUCGCUUCCACUGCCUGGGUCAUUUAGAUCAUGGAAGGCAACAAGAGGUCCAUGAUAAAGUGCUUGCCGAGAUUACAGCUAUAGCAGCGGCAGAGAAGUCAGGAGAGUCAGAAUUGCCCGCCCCACUCGAAGCCCCCCGCAAAAGUUCCCUUUCGGCAAUGGGUGAUCUAUUUUCCCAAGUCUACCAGCAGCAGACAAGAGCUGCUGCCUACGAUCUGCAUGGGGAGCUGGUCCAGUACGAAAGAGAGCCACAGCUGCCUCCGGACGCAGACCCUCUUCUGUGGUGGAAAAGUACAGGCAGCGCGAGAUACCCGUACAUCGCACAGGUGGCAAAAAAAUACCUCACGUAUUUCCUGGUGCUGGGCAGUGACAAAGGACCCGAGCCUUGUUUCAGGAUGUCUUUUAUAGUGCCUGAGUAA